AUGGUUGAUUCGCCCGUACCAGAAGGAUUUGAGAGCGUUUUACAGCCGACAAAGCUUACGAAGCCAGAUGAUGAGACUGUCGAUCCAUUUUACUCUCAAAGGGAUCACAAUCUCUUGAACGACGCUGAUGGUAAAUUCUUUGCCCAUCAUCACGCAGAUUUCAGUCACGAUGAUGAAUUUCUUGAGAAAGAAUGCGCUCAGUCCCAAGAAGAAGACGCUAAUGAGGACUUUGCCGGUGGAAAAGCACCACCACCGCCACCACUGGCUGAGGAAAUCAGCGCUGAAUUGCGUGCACUCUAUCAAUCGUUCCAAACAUGUUUAAACCUUCGUGACAAGUACAUGGCUGUAUCCAAUCAAAGACUCGAAGAUAAUCCAACCAACUAUGACGGUAGAUUCUACCCGGCCGAUAGCCAAGGCAAUAAUAAGGGCGAUAAAUUCGAGCCAUGGCGUAUCUAUCCUCCACCACCUAAACCAUUUUGGUACAGAAAUAACUCUCAAGGCAUGGAACUCCCUCAAGAACCAACAAGAGAGAAGAAGACGGAGUUUGAAUGGAAGGAUGCCGGUCAAGUGCCAAGUGAGCACUCGGAAUUGAAAUGGGACUUUGAAAUGGAUGAAAAAGGUGUUUAUCAAGUCUACGAAAAGAGUGAUGAAUCCCACAAACCUCUGUUCAACGUACCAACAAUUAGAGAAUACUUUAUCGACUUGGACUACAUCCUCGGUGUAAUAAGUGACGGUCCUGCUAAAUCGUUCGCCUUUAGAAGACUCAAGUAUUUACAAUCUAAAUGGCAAAUGUACUCUUUGAUGAACGAGUACCAGGAAUUGGCAGAGAUGAAGCGCGUACCACAUCGUGACUUUUAUAACGUAAGAAAAGUGGACACUCACAUUCAUCAUUCUGCUUGCUUUAAUCAAAAGCAUUUGCUUCGUUUCAUCAAGUACAAGCUUCGUAAGAGUCCUAAUGAUGUCGUCAUCCACAGAGAUGGUAAAGACUUGACUUUGAAGGAGGUUUUUGAGUCAUUGAAGUUAACAGCAUAUGAUUUAUCUAUUGAUACACUCGAUAUGCAUGCUCAUCAAGACUCAUUCCACAGGUUCGACAAAUUUAACUUGAAGUACAACCCAAUCGGUGAAUCACGUCUUCGUGAGGUUUUCUUAAAGACGGAUAACUUCAUUGAAGGCAGAUAUUUGGCGGAGAUAACAAAAGAAGUAAUGAGUGAUCUUGAGGAUAGCAAAUAUCAAGCAGCAGAAUGGCGCAUUUCAAUCUACGGUAGAUCUUUGAAUGAGUGGGACAAAGUUGCUAAAUGGGCAGUCAACAACAAGCUCUUUUGCGAUAACGUGAGAUGGUUGAUUCAGGUGCCACGUCUUUAUCAUAUAUACAAGAAUGCAGGUAUAGCCGAUAACUUUGAAGAGAUAGUGAAGAACAUAUUCCAACCACUUUUCGAAGUAACUAAAGAUCCAACGUCACACCCAGAGUUGUACAUCUUCUUACAAAGAGUAAUUGGCUUUGAUAGUGUUGAUGACGAAUCUAAAACUGAAAGAAGAAUCUAUAAAAAAUUCCCCUAUCCACGUGUAUGGGAUACUAAACAAAACCCUCCAUACGCAUACUGGAUUUACUAUAUGUAUGCGAACCUUGCCACGCUGAACAACUGGAGAUCAAGACGCGGUUUUAACACCUUUGUCCUUCGCCCACAUGCAGGUGAAGCAGGUGACACUGAUCACCUUACAUCUGCUUUCCUCACCUCUCACUCAAUUUCACACGGCAUUUUACUUAGGAAAGUACCGGCACUUCAGUAUCUCUAUUACUUGCGUCAGAUUGGAAUCGCUAUGUCGCCUUUAUCAAACAAUGCUCUUUUCCUUACGUAUGAGAGGAACCCAUUCCCCGAUUUCUUCAGAACUGGUUUGAAUGUCAGUUUAAGCACUGAUGAUCCAUUGAUGUUGGCUUUCACCAAGGAGCCGCUGCUUGAAGAGUACAGCGUAGCUGCGCAAAUCUAUAAGCUUAGUCCGGCAGAUAUGUGUGAGCUGGCGAGAAACUCUGUCAUGCAAUCUGGUUUUGAAAUGGAGGUCAAAAGACAUUGGUUGGGUGACAAGUUUUAUUCUCCGGGCGUUUCAGGUAAUGAUAUUCGUAAAACAAAUGUACCAUAUUCUCGCGUUGCUUUCAGAUUUGAAACACUGAGAGAGGAAAUUCAGUUGAUAGGAGCAGGUUAUAUGCCACCAGUUGUUACAAACACUCCUCACAACAAGUCACAAAAUUCAUUGGCACCACCACCAUUGCAGUCACCAAGCAAAAACAAGUUGCCAAGCGCGUCAUUAAGCAUUAGCCCACUGAAUAUUUCAGAAGAAGAAGAGAAGAAAGGUGCACCAUACGGAAGCGGAAUCAAUGCUAACCAAGAGCUUGCUGCUGCUGCUGCAUCAGCUGGACCACAGGGAGGGUUGUUUAGUAUGCCAACAGUGUCUGACAUGCCGCCAGGAAUAAUAUCUAAAAACAGGCGCAAGUCAAGCUCAGCUACGAGUAACAAGUAG